UUAGUCCCACUGUGGUACUGAUCUGGUCUAGGGGGCCUUCAGCUGUCACUUCACUUGUCAAGGAAAAAUGCUCCCAUAGGUGCCAAAGAAGUCCCCCCACCCCGAGAAGUAGCAGCUGUGGGGGCCUUGGUGCAGAUCAAAAUAACAGGGUGUGGUUAUAGCCUCUCCAUCAAUGGUCCUGAUCCAUAGAGGGGCAUUCCAGCAGCUAUUUACAGUUUGUGUUGUUUGCUUGUUUUCCAAGCAUGUAAAUGCUAAACACGCUUUCUCUGUAGUUGACACUGGCCUUCCAGAAACUGAGCAGAUCAAGCCAGAGCUCCUUGCAUGCAGUAAGCAGGCAAGAGCAGUUUUGCAAGAGGUCAUUAGCAAGAUUAGAAUUUAACAGAGCUGACCAAAGGAAGCCAUCAACUUGUCCAACCUUUAAAAGCCUUUUUAAAAACUUGUAAUAUACUAAUAAGAGUGCGAUAAAUCGGAAUGUGGUGAUUCAAAAUCCUUAAUCCAGGGAUUCUAAACCUUGGUUCCCCAGAUGUUGUUAGACUACAACUCCCAUUAUCCCCGGGCACAAUGGCCAAAUGGAUGGUGAGAGUUGUAGUCCUGUCACAUCUGGGGGCCCAAGAUUGAGAAGCUCCAGUUUAAGCAAUAUUACUGGUUUUAUUUUCUGCAUGACUCUGAAGACAGCAAGUGUGGGUGAUGGCACAUCUCACAAAACCAGCACUUUGAUGUCCAGGAUCUUGGGAUGCCACUGCCACAAAUAGAUGUCCCUUUUGACCGGAACCAUCGCGUCGGAGGCGCUUGUUCCCAACCGGACAGGAGACGCCAACGGUCUCUUCUGUUUGACAGCUCGGCCCAGGCCUGCCCAUCUGCGCGACGCUAUUGGUUGCCGGGGUGGCGGUUGGCGUUCUCAUUGGCUGAGGAGAGCUCUGCGCGCAGAGCGCGAGCGCCCAGCCCUCUUGCCAUGCCUCCUGGGAAGAUGGGCAGUAAGGAAACCUUGGUUCUGCAGUGCGAAUGGGAGAUAUGUAGCUUUGUGGCCUCGAAGAUGGAAGAAUUCUGUGAACACGUGUCAAAGCACUUGCAGCAGCAUCUCCAAGGCAAAGAUGAGGAUGAUGAAAUGAAUUCUCUGGAAGAAUAUGCCUGCCUUUGGCUAGAGUGUGGCUUCUGUUCCCCAGGGAGCCCUGCAGACCUGGUCCGACAUGUUUACUUCCACUGUUACCACACCAAGCUGAAGCAGUGGGGGUUGCACGCUUUACAGAGCCAGUCAGACCUGACCCCCUGUCAGCUGGACUUUCAGAGCCGGAAUAUUAUCCCUGAGAUCCAGGAGAACUUCCUGUGCCUCUGGGAAUACUGUGAGAGAGCUUUUGAUAACCCUGAGUGGUUUUACAGACAUGUGGAGGAUCACAGCUUCUGCACGGAGUACAAGGCGGUUGGAAAAGAGAAUCACAUGGUUUUCUGUGGCUGGAAAGAUUGUGACUGUUCCUUCAAAGGUCGAUGCAAGUUGCGUGAACACCUACGCAGCCACACACAGGAGAAGGUUGUGGCUUGUCCCACCUGUGGUGGGAUGUUUUCCAACAACACCAAGUUCUUUGAUCACAUCCGCCGGCAGACUGCCCUAGAACAACAGCGAUUCCAGUGCUCCCACUGCUCCAAGAGGUUCGCCACAGAGAGGCUGCUGCGCGAUCACAUGAGGAACCACGUCAACCACUACAAGUGCCCCCUGUGCGACAUGACCUGCCCUUUGCCCUCCUCCCUGCGCAACCACAUCCGCUUCCGGCACAGUGAGGAGCGGCCCUUCAAGUGCAAUUACUGUGACCACAGUUGUAAAAACCUUAUUGAUCUGCGGAAGCACUUGGAUACACACAGCAAAGAGCCGGCCUACCGCUGUGAGUUUGAGGCUUGCAACUUCAGUGCCCGGUCCCUCUGCUCCAUCAAACUGCACUACAAGAAGAUCCACGAGGGUGACUCAGAGCCCCGCUACAAAUGCCACGUCUGUGACAAAUGUUUUACCCGCGGGAACAACCUGACUGUGCACCUCAGGAAGAAGCACCAGUUCAAGUGGCCAUCAGGCCAUCCUCGCUUCAGGUACAAGGAGCACGAGGAUGGCUACAUGCGGCUGCAGCUGGUGCGUUACGAAAGCGUGGAGCUGACGGAGCAGCUGCUGAAGGACCGCGAGAAGCAGGGCGAGGUGCUGGGCGAGACGGCCCAGUGCGUCGUGCUGGCAGGGGCGGAAGGCAGCCUGCAAGGCAUCAUCCUCGAGCCGCCCACAGAGGAGCCCCCUGAUGCGGAUUCUCAAGCGGCCCCAUCGCCCUCACAGGACCCAGCUCGGCAAGAUGCAGGCGUGUCCCCAGAGCAAGAGCUGAGCGCCCCGUCCAGCCCCAUCAUCCGCGUGGUGAAUCGGACCAACGAGCGUGGAGAGAGCGAGACUGUCUACUACGUGAUGGCCAACGCGCCCUCCUCGGAGAGCCAGGCGGGAGCCCCUGGCAGGUUUGCUGCUGAGCCCGAGGACAACGUCAUGGACAGGCUUCAGAAGACCGCUGAGGAGCUGGGCAUCCAGAUCGUGUGAGGCCCCUGGCUGCCUCUUGCCUGUCCAGGCGAGGAACUCCAGGCUUGGUUUCCCACCCCCGCCCCAGGGGCUGGUCUGGGACUGCAGGCGCCCCGUGUCGGCUUCCUGCACGUCUUGAAGGCACGUUGUGAGAACCACAUACAGUUGGUGCUGCCUGGAAAAGGGGACUGUGUUCCCUCCAGUGGCACCCCGUAGCCUCCCCCUUGAUUCUCUUGUCACUGGGGACCAGGCUGCAGCUUCUGGCACUGGGCAGUCUGGGAAGGGGAAGAGGAAAGCCAGGUGCUAAGCUGGUCAGAAUUGGAGGCAGGGACUAGUUCUCCAGUCAGUCAUGUGGGAGGCGGAAGAGACUAGUCAUGGCUGGAUGGCCUUGGCUGGAGCCCAUUCUGGGAAUGCACAGGAUCGCAACUGAUUGGAAGCCCUGGAGAAGUCCAAUGUGGAUGUUUCUGUGCUGCCUGCCUUGGAAGUUUCUAGUGUCCCUCUGAGAAAUGAAUUUCCUUCUUGUGACUCUCCACAUGCCAGAAGGCCCCUGGCAAAUGCUCCAAGCCUAUCCUGGUCAUUCCUCGGGGUGGGGGGGGAGGUGUCUCAGAACCAGGAACCUCCAUACCUUGGAAGUCUGGCUUGUCUUCAGCCCGGCCUUUUGUGGUGCCCCUUGUCCCUUGCAUGGAUAGGAACACUGAUAAACCUGGCCCUUCUAGACUGCUGUGCGUUGGGACACUCCAAGGUAGUUCCAGCACUGACCUCUCAUCCCUCUUGCCAUUCUGUGGAUGAGGAACAGCAUUCCCUGUAAACCGGGAUUGCCAGGUGUUGACUACAACUCCCAUAAUCCCCAGCCAAAGGCCAUUACCGCUAGGGAUGCUUGGAGUUGUAGUCGGCAACCGGCAAGCCCUAUUGCAGGAAACACUCAUGUGGAGCAAAUGUUGCUGAGAACCUGUCACCAUGUCCAGCUCCCGCUUCUCGGUUUGUCUCGUCCUGCUGCCGUGGCUCCCAUAUUCUGGGGAGACCACAAAAGGGGGGGGGGUCCUCAUUCUUCCCAAGGAUUCCUUCCCCCACACGGGGACUCCAGCUCAUGCCUUUCACAUUUCUCGUUAUGACGAAAACCAUCGGGGAGUGGGAGAUGGAGAUGCCCACCAGUGGUGGUGCUCGUUGCAGGGUCUGUUGCAGUCUGCCCUGAAAGUGUCUGCGGCUGGGUCGGAUGGGAGACAUUCCAGUGGGGGCCUCCAGAACUGGAGCCCAGUUGAUGGGAUGAGGGUUCUGUUCCUGGUUCAGAUUUGACAAAUUGAGCAUUUGGGGGCUGGGAAGGAAUCUUGGCUGACAUCGGAAUGGCUGCUCUUUGGAAGUGGAAAGGGUGGUGGGUGUUCUUCAGAAAAAGGUGGGAGGAACCUGAAGGCAUCAAAUAUUUUAUGCUGUUGUGAGUGGUAUUUCAUAUUUGUAAAUUAUUGUUGUAAAGAUUGGAUUCUUCUAAUUUAUUUUCUAGUUGCCUCUGAAGAUCACUCGAAACACAUCGGGUGUGAAUGUUCUCAUCUGAGUAUCUUGCAUUAAAAUGUUUUUCAGCA